GCAAGAGUAACAUCAUCAUGACUUGUUGCUUUGCAUGUGACAAACACAUCAACGCCAUGUCUGUAUAUAAAAGAAAUGACCGCUACAUACGCCGGCUCUUCUUGUCUUCUUCUUCUUCUUGCAGUUUCAGCUGCUGCAUAGUAUUAUUUUCUUGAUUUUCCCGGUCACUCCCAUUCUUUCUUGAUACUAUAACACUUUAAAAAAACCUUCUGUUUCUUGUUUUCUUUGUAAAAAUACAAAAAACCUAUUCAUAUCCCGUUCUUGAUUUUCUUCUUUCCGUUUUCUUGAUCCUUGAUUGCUUCUAUGUACUCAAAGAUUUGCAGUUUCUUGCAUUCUUUAUGUUAAAACAAUUCAAGAAUCAGAUCUUUUAUCUCAAAAUUUGAUCAAUCACCGGCGAGUUUUUAAUCUCCGGUGAAAGACGAAGGGUAGAAGAAUACCAUAAUGGUUUUUUGGUUUCUUUGUAUUGUUUUAGCAACUCUCAGUACAUCGGCAGAACCACAACCAGAACCUACGGUUGUUAAUGAUACGGUGGCGCUUCUUGGUUUCAAGAACUCAGUCUCUCAAGACCCUUCUAAUCUUCUAGCUCGGUGGAUACCAAAUUCUGAUUACUGCAGUUGGUAUGGAGUUACUUGUAAUGAACUGUCCAAGAGAGUUGUUGCUUUGAACUUGACUUCCACGUCCACUCUGGCCGGAACUUUGCCGGAUUCUGUUGGAGACUUGACGGAGCUUAGAGCUUUGGUUAUUACUCAUAAUGCUUUUUCAGGUGACAUUCCUCUUAGUAUUAGGAAGCUGCAGAAUUUAGAAGUUUUGGAGCUGCAAGGAAAUAAUUUUUCUGGGAGAAUUCCUGAGAAUCUUGAGUCUCUUGUAUUGCUUAAUUUAUCUUCUAAUUCAUUUUCUGGUGAAAUUCCUGAUGGUUUAAUUGGUUAUGGAAGAUUAGAGGUCAUUGAUUUGUCAAAUAAUCAGCUUACUGGUGGGAUUAAAGUCAAUAAUUUGAGUCAUUGUUCUUUCUUGAAACAUUUGAAAUUGUCUAAUAAUUUCUUGAAAGGGAAUAUUCCUAAGGAGAUUGGUAAGUGCAAGAAUUUGAGGACUUUAUUGCUUGAUGGAAAUAUUUUACAAGGUAAGAUUCCUUCUGAGAUUGGUCAGAUUUCUGAGCUUAGAGUUUUUGAUGUUUCCACUAAUUGUUUCUCUGAGAAAAUCCCAAAAGAGCUUGCAAUUUGUAGGAAAUUGUCUGUUUUAGUAUUGACUAAUUCUAGCAAUUUUGUUGGUGGUGAUAUAAAUGGUGGAUUGGAUGAUGAUAGUAAAUUAGAAUUCAAUGCUUUUGAUGGAGGCAUUCCUUCCGAGAUCUUUACACUUCCGAGUUUGCAGAUUUUGUGGGCGCCGAGAGCGAAUCUCGGUGGCCGGUUGCCUGGAAACUGGAGUGACCAAUGCUCUUUGAGAGUAAUCCAUUUAGGCUUCAAUUCUUUCAAGGGUGUAGUUCCAAAAAGUUUGGAAAUGUGCAAGAAUCUCGCUUUCUUGGAUUUGAGUUCUAAUUAUUUGGAGGGCUAUCUUCCAAUGCAUCUGCAAGUUCCAUGUAUGUUAUAUUUCAAUGUAAGUCAAAACAAUCUGUCUGGUGUUCUUCCGAGUUCUCCUAAAGGCUGGUGUGAUAGUGCUUUUAGUAUGAUCUCUUUUGGUCAAGAUCACAGCUUGCUUGAAAUAGAAGAUGUAAAAGUUGCGUACUCUUCUAUUCCUGUUUGGAGUACUCAGAUGAUUAGUUCUUUCGGGUCGACGAAAGAGGAUGAUUUUAUUAUUGUUCAUGAUUUUAGUAGGAAUCAGUUUUCUGGUCCAUUGCCUGUGUUUUCAGUAGGAGAUGAGUUAUUAGCUACUAAGAAGAACAAGCCUGCAUACAGAUUGUUGUUGAAUGAAAAUAUGCUUAACGGGUCUUUUCCGGAUAAACUAAUUUUGACAUGUAACAAUCUAAUGAGCUUUUCUGUGAAUCUGAGUGCAAAUUUUAUAUCAGGUGAGAUUCAUGAGGGGUUGUUUCUCAGCUGUCCACGGAUUAUGCAGUUUGAAGCAGCAUAUAAUAGGAUUCGAGGUUCACUGCCUUCCGAUAUUGGAAACUUGACGAUUCUUCAGUAUUUUGACAUCAGGGGGAAUUUAUUGUCAGGAUCUCUGCCAAAUCAGAUUGGCAACUUGACAUAUCUGAAAUCUUUUCUUCUUGGAAGGAACAGUUUAUCAGGAAAUAUUCCAUCUCCACUUGGUCAAUUGAGUUUUCUUACGGUUCUUGAUCUGUCUCAUAAUGCUGUAGCAGGAUCUAUCCCAGCUAGUUUAGCAAAUGCCAGAAAUCUUCAAGUAGUGCAACUUAACAGCAAUGAACUUUCUGGCGAAAUACCGACAUCUUUUUUAACUCUUUCGAAUCUCAUUGUAUUAGAUGUUUCUUUCAAUAAACUUUCUGGUCAUAUACCCCAUUUUCAGAAUCGAAUAAUUAACUGUGAUUGGUUCAAAGGUAAUUACUUUCUUGAACCGUGUCCGUUGUUUACAAACUCUGCCAUUGAUUCGAAUGAAGAUGAAAAACGGCACAGGAAAAGAAAUUUAAAGUCUUUAAUAAUCACUGUAGUGAUUCCUGCUUCUUCUGCUGUAGUUUCUGUUUUCAUGGUAGCAACUCUGAUCAUCAUUCUUCGAAAACGACAGUUUAGUAGACGAAUCUCCAGAGGCAAAGUAGUAGUAACUUUUGCAGAUUCUCCAGCUGAACUGAGCUAUGAGACUGUGGUUAGAGCUACAGGGAAUUUCAGCAUCAGAAACCUGAUUGGCUCUGGUGGGUUUGGUUCAACUUACAAAGCAGAACUAGCACCAGGUUACUUUGUAGCAGUAAAAAGGCUUUACUUAGGUAAAUUUCAAGGAAUACAACAGUUCGAUGCAGAGAUUCGAACUUUAGGUAGAAUUCGACAUAAGAAUCUUGUUACUUUGAUUGGAUAUUAUAUGGGAGAAUCUGAAAUGUUCUUGAUUUACAAUUAUCUUUCGGGUGGAAACCUCGAAACUUUCAUUCACGAAAGACUAAUCAAGAACCUACAAUGGUCAGUGAUUUUCAAAAUCGCUUUUGAUGUAGCUCAAGCUCUAGCUUACCUCCAUUACUCAUGCGUGCCACGUGUACUGCACCGGGACAUCAAGCCUAGUAACAUCCUGCUAGAUGAUGAGCUCAACGCCUACCUAUCGGACUUCGGUUUGGCUAGGCUCAUAGAAGUUUCUCAGACACACGCCACAACGGAUGUGGCUGGCACAUUCGGUUAUGUUGCACCCGAAUAUGCAACUACGUGCAGGGUUUCCGAUAAGUCCGAUGUUUAUAGCUUUGGUAUAGUUAUGUUAGAGUUGAUGUCAGGGAAGAAGUCACUUGAUCCGUCAUUUUCAGAGUAUGGAAACGGGUUUAAUAUUGUUUCUUGGGCUAAAUUGUUGAUAAAAGAGGGAAGAUUUGCUGAGGUUUUCUCUGUAGAAUUGUGGGAAGCAGGGCCUAAGGAGAAGCUAUUGGGAAUGCUAAGGCUUGCUGCAAAUUGCACUGUGGAUUCUCUUUCUGUGCGCCCAUCAAUGAAGCAUGUCCUUGAGAAAUUGAAACAGUUGAAAUCAUUUUCAACAUCUAGCUCAUGAAAUAAGGUAUAGCUAAGAAGAAUGAAUCUACUCUCUCGGGAAGCAUCAAAGAUGAAGCUGCAUUUGUUUGCAGGAUUUCAGAUGUAUUCUCUCAAGCUCCUCUAGCUACGAAUCACGGUUGAUGAUCACCUACACGGCUGAAAACGGAAAAGAAGAAUCAAAUUAUAGCUUGUUGGGGGAGUGAAAGAUGUCAAAUCCUCAACCAACAACAUACUUUUCGCCAUAUUCGGACAUUUUACUUCAAUUUUACAGAAGUUCGGGGAACUGGAGGCAUAAACACUACUCUCAUGCUAUUUACUAAUUCCUUGAAAUAGUUUUUGAUAGAAUGAUGCAUUGAUGACAAGGUACAAUAGGCAAUUUAUGUAUCGAAAGAAAAAUAACCUUUUGUUAAGUGAUCAAACUAAAUACAGAGUUUCGGAGUUGCAUAAUCAUUUUGGAAAUAAAAAUGAAAUGCAGACUCGAUAAAUUUCCGUGCAA